CGCGGAGCAGCAGCAGCAUCCGUUCAAACAGAUGAAGAAGAGCAGCAGCAAGAAGACCUAUAGACUGGAGGCACCCGAUGGCGGUUGGGGUAUCCUCGUAUGCAUUGGCAUGGCCAUGCCAUUUACCAGCGCUCUGGCGGCUCUGCCCUCCUUUGGCCUCGUCUUUGGUGACUUCCUCAAGAGCAUCGGUGCGGAGACGAGUGCCAUGGCCAUCAUAACCAGUGCCUUCUUCUCGGCAAUGAGCUUUGCUGGUUUGUUCUCCGGUUCACUGUUCCAGCGAUUUGGAAUGCGGCAAGUGGGUGUCGUAGGGGGCACACUGUACUUCCUGGGCACUGGACUGCAACUGUUUGCCACCUCGACGAUGCAUUUACUGCUGGCCUUCAGCCUCAUCCAGGGUCUGGCCUUUGGCCUAAUGGUGCCCACCUGUUAUACGACAUUCAAUCAUUAUUUUGUCAAGAAUCGUGUGAUGUGGAUGAGCUUUGCACAGACCCUUAUUGGCUUGGGAUCCAUGCUUUACCCGAUUGUGAUGCAAAAGCUAUUGCAUUGGUACGGCUUCCGGGGAUGUCUCCUCAUCCUCACAGGCAUCAAUGCCCAUGCUGUGUUGGGAAUGCUGGUAAUGCAUCCCGUUGAAUGGCAUAUGCGAAAGGUGCCCAUUUCCCCGGAGGAGGCGGCAUCGGGGGAGCAGCAGGAGGAGCUAAUGCCACUGCAGGAGCUGCAGGCGGUGAAGCCCACAACAGUGGUGGUCCGAGUGCAGCCGGAGACGCCGCUGAAGGUUACCAAAGAUGAGCCCACUUUCCUGACCACACCUGCCACUGAUCCCGCCGCCACUCGACGCCUCUCUCAUGCCGAGGAGCACAUGCUAAGGGUGCACUCCAGCCGGGCCUCGAGCAUCACCAGCCUGGGCAACUGGUCUGGCCCGGUGGUGGUCAGUGAUGCCUCACCCCAGAUGACGCACAGCCGGCAGGCCUCACGUCGCACCUCCAUGUUGGCAGCGGGAGCAGCAGGUACUGGAGCAGGUGGAGCCGUGGUCCAGGAGACUCCUGAAGACGUUAAGAAAGGCUGGGUGCGCACUGUCGUGGAUUUCCUUGAUCUGACACUGCUCAAGAAACCCGUCUAUGUGAACAUUGUGCUGGGGAUCACCUUUGCCCUGUACUCCGACAUCACCUUCUUCACCAUGCAACCGGUGUACCUGUUUGAGUUGGGUUACAAUAAGGUGGACACAGCCACCAUUAUAGCCAUUGGAGCAGCCGCUGAUUUGGGAUCCCGCAUUUUCCUGGCCGUCACAGCCGUGUGCAUCCAAGUUCCAUCCCGCUACAUUUACCUGGCCGGAGCGGUCUUUACGGUCUUUGCCAGAUUCGUUUUCAAUGGCAUCACCGAGUUUGUGGGAAUGGCCUGCAUUACGGCUGUAAUCGGAUUCCUGCGCACCUGGCUCCAUGUCCCAUUGCCAUUGGUCUUUGCCGACUAUCUGCCCAAGGAGAGAUUCGCCACGGGGUACGGCCUGUUUAUGUUCACGCAGGGCAAUGCCAUGUUUUUGAUUGGCCCAAUUGUGGGUAUUAUCCGUGACAAGACCCAGAACUAUAUCCUGGUCUUUCACAUUCUCAAUGCCUUUAUGAUCCUGUGCGCUGUUCCCUGGGUCAUUGAGGUGCUCAUCGUCAAGUUCCGCAGGCGAAACAAGAUCGAACGCGACAAUGUUGAUCACGAGGAGCUGGAAAUGAACAAUGGACGCAGUCCUAUGGUUCAUUGACAGAAGGAAAACAUAGCGAAUUGAAUUAGCGAAGGUAUCAUAAACCCUAUCACAUUUAUUUUUUGCACCUUGC